ACAGACAAACAUGGCGACAACUUCAAAAUCGCCUCUUCCUCCUCGUCCGCAAAGUGUUCCUCUAUUGAGGAAAACCAUGUCUCCUGAUGCAGCAAACACGAAGGUUUCUUCUCCGAUCAGAGCUAAGACACCAUUGAAUAAAUCCUUAGGGAAAUCAUUGAAUCUGAAGUCAGGACCUGUCCCUGGAUCAUUCCUGUUUGGAACACCUUCAUACCCCUCCCCUCUGGAUCGCAUCAGACCAACCAAGAAGGACCGUGCCAUCGAACUUGGUUUAAGCACUGCACUGCAAGACUCUCUGGACCUCAAUGCUACAUUCCCCAAAGUGUAUAAGGCAAAAUCCAAGUUAGAAGAUAAUAACAUGGAUGUUUUCAAGCCCAGCAGAAAUCUUGAUCAGAUAUCCAGUGAUUCACUGCACAGCUUUAGUUACGCACCUGGCCAUUGCCGAGGCUCUUUCCUGGAAACUUCUCCUGAUCCUCGGCUGACAUCUUCAUGGCAGUUUUAUAACUUUGUUGGUGGAGCAGGGACUGGAGCUGUCUUUCCAACAACAGUGCGUAAUCCUAAUAAAGCGAUUGUCACAAUUAAUGCAAGAACCUCAGAAAUUUUGACAGCUAAUGACAUGGCAGCAGAGCUGUUUGGCUACUCGACCAAGACCCUCAUUGGAAUCAAAAUGUCCCAGCUUUUUGCUGAUGUACAUAAAGAAAAGCAAGAAGCUCUUGUGGAGCAGCAUAUCGAAGCAAGUGGUGCUGUAGUUAUGGUAAAUGGGAAAGUGUUGGACGCUGUGGACAGUUGUGGAAUUGUGUUCCCUGUUUCUGUCUGGAUGAAGAAACUCACUUGGGAGGAAGAACCGCGGUGCAUUACUGUCAUGGAACCAGUGGAAAGAAAAACAGCCAUGGUGCUAUUUGAUGCUGAGGGUGAUAUAGUGGAUUGUGAUCAAGAUCUUGCUACUCUUUAUGGUUACUAUGUUACUGGAGAUUUGAUUGGGGUCAAUAUUAAAAAGUUAAUACCUGCACUAGAGUUGCCAACAAGUGAGAAGAUGAGCAAGCAUGUCAAAAAGCAGAGAGCAACUGGAAGAACAAGGGAUGGGGGCACAUUUCCACUGAGUAUCUCCCUUAAACCAAAAUAUGGCAAGGAUCUGAAGAAGCUUGACCGUGAUAAAAAAUUCCCUGAUGAUCAACUUUUCUUCAAAGGCUUGGUGUGGGUAUUUGCUAACAUCAGUGGGCUGGUUACAUUCACGCCUGAUGGAGUUAUCCAUUCCUGUAAUCACAACUUUGCUCUCAUGCUUUUUGGUUAUGCCCAGAAAGAGCUGGAAGGAAAGCAUGUAACUGACCUUAUCCCAAACUUCUAUGAUGAUAUGGAAGAUGUUGAUGACAACAGUAUGCCACUCCCCCCGUUCGAUGACGAGGAUGAUGAGUUUGAUUACGAUUAUGAUGAUCAUGAUGAAGACGGUUACAGGGAUUCUAAAGAACGGAAAAGUACAGUGGUUUACACUCGUGAACUUGAUUCUAAAGCAAGUAACUACAGUGGAGGAAGUCGUGAGGGGAACAAUUUUGAUGACUCUGUUACAAGUUCACUCAGUACAAGCACAGGCCUGAGCAGUUCUCAUUCAACUGUUGGUAGUAUUAAAUGCAAUGCAAAUGAGGAGAAAUCCAGAGACUUACAAUCUACAUCAAUGAGCAGUACAUUUCUUGAUAAAGAGAGCAUGAUUGCAAACUUUGGAGAUAGCAAAAUAGAGAACAGUCUCAGUGAACCCAGCUUUUCUUCUCUUGGGUCUGGAUCAUUCACUUCGGUGGUGAAUGCUGAAGACAGUGGGAUAGAUGACAGUGGUGGAAGUGCAGAGAAGGUUCGUUUAGAGUUGGGAGAGGACAGGUAUGCUGUGCAGGGUGAGCCUGUGGCUGUCUCAUCACCCGCUGACUCAUCAACGCCACUUGUAGAAUGUAAUAAAGAAGAGAACAAGUUGUCUUGGACUGGGUCUUUCUCUAAUGAUCAAAAUCAAAAUGAAAUUUUUGACAAGGAAAAUGUGGCAGAUGGUGAACUGCAGGAGGAAUCACUGGAAAGCAGUGGGGAAGUCCAACAAGUCACAAGUUCCCAGUCAUCGGGAAACACAAGUGAGACAUAUUCUCUUCCAAGUACUAAUGGAAACCAUUCAACUGCUGACGCAUCACUCACAGACCCACAAAUUCAAAAUGAAUCACCAAAGAGAUCACCAACCUCUCCACAAAGAGAUGAUUAUCUCUUUGAAGGACUUACAUCUACACCUAACAUUGUGACAAGCUCAGGUCGCACAGACAUUGCCUCUCCCCAGCAACCUGUUUGUGAAGGAAGCUUCAUUGGCCAAGCCAGACAUAAAGAUGGUUCACCUCUCGCAAUAGUUUUCCAGAUUAAGAAAAUUGAAUUGAAUGAUGGUAGUGUCUUGUUCUGUGCAUGGAUAUCGCGUGACCCAGAAGAUGAAGGAGAAGGGGGAAGAUCAACCAGCAGUUUUGCUUUAGCAUCAAGUUUUAACAGUAUGGAGUAUUCAGUGGCCAACCUAGGAGAGCUCAGUCAACAAUUGAGUGAAGGAAGUCUGAGGGAGGAGCCAUCCCCAGGGCGUGGUCGAUAUGACGAGAGGUACAUCACCCUCCAAUCGAUAGGAAAGGGUGCAUUUGGUUUUGUAAAAGUGGGUCAACGCAGAUCAGAUGGAGUAAAGGUCAUUGUCAAGUUCAUCAGAAAAGCAAAAAUUCUGGUUGACUGUUGGGUAGAAGAUGCAAUCUUGGGUUCAAUUCCAUUGGAAAUUGCUUUGCUGGCAAAGUUCAAACACCCAAACAUUGUAAAGAUGCUAGAGGCUUUUGAAAAUGAAGAAUUCUUUCAGUUGGUCAUGGAGAAGCAUGGAAGUGGAAUGGAUUUGUUUGAGUUUAUCGACAGACAGCCAGCAACAGACGAACCUCUCUGCAGUUACUUGUUUAGACAGGUUGUUUCUGCUGUAUCCUUUCUUCAUAGCAGAAGUAUACUUCAUAGGGAUGUGAAGGAUGAAAAUAUCAUCUUGGAUGAGAAAUUCCAUGUCAAGUUGAUUGACUUUGGGUCAGCAGCAUACAUGGAAGAAGGCAAAAAGUUUUGUACAUUCUGUGGCACAAUGGAGUACUGUUCACCAGAGGUCCUGAUGGGAAACAAAUAUGCAGGACCACAAUUAGAACUCUGGUCAAUGGGUGUCACGUUGUACACUCUAGUAUUUGGUGAGAAUCCAUUUUAUGAUGUUGAGGAGACCAUACGUGCAGAGCUACAUCCUCCAUUCCUUGUCUCAAAUGAUCUUAUGUUUAUUAUCUGUUGGCUCCUACAUCCUGAUCCUCGCUGGCGGGCCACAAUCAGAGACUUGGAAGAAAAUGAAUGGAUAAACCAACCUGUGGACAUCACCAAUUACUCCUUUGAUGCUGUUAUGGCUGAUCAGGUAGAUGGUACACAACACCUUUUACAGUUACCACCAGGUGCAUUGAAUAACAGCCCUGGUGAUCCAGACCUCUCGCAAGAUGAAGUCAUUGAUUAUGGUCACCAUGACAACCUACAGCUGUCAGCCCUCCAGGAAUAUCUCAGUUUGAUUGACAAUGAGGAUAGUGAGGGUGAAAUGUGAGGUGCAGGGAUGGAAUCUUUGCUGAUUUCAAAUUUUAUUA